AGCCCCCGGCAUUUUUGUUGUGAAUAACAUAUAACCCGCUUGCCAUUCACUCACCCAGGUCUUGUAUUAUUCAGUCGUUGUUUAACCAUUGACGAUGGUCCACGUAUCGAAAUUAUACUCUUGAAAAUCAUACUCAUUUAAAUACGCUAAAUAAUAAAUUAUUCUAUUUAUUAUUAUCAUUUUUUUUCUUAGUGACAUGUGUAUUUUAAUUUUAAUAAUAAUAUAUAUAAAUUAUUAAUUUUUAUUUAACAUAAUUGUGCCAAAGUUUAUAUUUAAAUUUGACCUUGAAAUGUCUCUUGAAUUUAUUAGAUACUCGUAAAUUAAUUUUUUUAAAUUGAUUUUUAUUCUUGAUGAUAAUUAUUUACACAAAUUUUUUAUUUAUAUUUUUUAUUUAGCAUGUGAUAAAUUCAAAUUGAAUCUUUUUUUUUUUUUGUUUUAAAGCAGAUUAAUCCAAUAUAAUUCGUGAAAAAAUAAUACGUGGAUUAUACAACACGUGUGAUACGUUCAAUGCACUCAAGACAAUGCAAUAUUAUUUGCAAAAAAAAUUAAUUUAAAAAAAAAAAAAAAAUCUAUUUUAAAAUAUGGAUAUAUUAAUAUGUGGUAAUAAUUUUUUUAUAAAUUGAUAUAAUGUGAAGUGAUUUUGGUAUUGCAUAAAUAUUGUGAUAAAUUGAUUAUGGGUUCAUCGUGCUUGUGACAUUUUACAUAUGACAUCAAAUACUUGUAAUUUUUAUUUAUCAUCUGGUGAUGAAGAUGAAUCACGCCAAGUCAUCACAAAUGGUGACAAUGCUGAUUUAUCUCAUACACCAGAUGUUGAUUUUUGGAAAGAUAAAACAAUGGUUGGAUCAUCGAUGUUUGGUGACGAGGAUAUGGAGUGUACAAUAGCCAAAGGACCACAAGAUUUUAAUUCAACAUUAUCAAUAACAACUGCCUCACAAGUAGUUAAAGUUUUAUUGGUAUUUCCUCGUGAUGAUCAUCAAUUAGAAGCACUUGGUACUGUCUCAACAAAGCUAGGCUGGAGUGUCUCAAUAGCAAAAAAUGCCGAAACAGCUGCUGAAAUAUUUCAAAAUCGAUCACACGAUUUAGUGAUAAUUGAUCGACGAGGGCAUCGAGCCACUGAUGGUGAUACAACAUGCCGUGCGAUAAAAGCAACAAAUUGUCAUCACAGCAGUGUCAUAUUAGCUUUAGUAAAAAAAUCUUUCUUCACGGUAGUUGAUAAGGAUGAGAUAGUGACACUGGAUUUACUCAACACCGGAUAUAGCAGAGCAAUGACAGAGUGUACACACGAGUCUAUACUUAGCAAUCAAUUAAUUGGUAUUUAUGCAAGUGAAAUACAACCAAGAAUGCAAUUUGCAUCAGCUCAUGCACUUUAUGUUGCUGUUGAUAGAUGCAGAGAUAUGGUACAUGUAACUGAUGAUCAACACAUUGUCAGGUUUGUCAACAAGGCGAGUGAAAGAUUACUUGGUUAUAAAUACGAAGAAAUGCUUGGUAGAAAUUUAUCUGAAAUAAUAACAUGUGAAAAUUUUACACUGAUGGAUCAACAGCUACAAAGAGGCAGAGAAUUUGAGGGUAAUAUGAAUUGUCGAAGAAAAUUUAAUGACACAAUAACAAUUAAUUGUCGAAUAAUUCCAUUUUGUGCAACUGGAAAAAAACCAUCGCAUUAUGUUUAUGUUCAUGAUACAAUGUAUUUACUUGAAAAUAUGGGAGUUGCAGCAGUAACACUUGGUGGUCAACAUCCAAGAGGAAGUUUGCAUUCAUUACGUCGAGGUUCUUUUGAUGUUAAAUCAAUUGGCAGCGAUAUUGGAACUCAAAGACGAUCAAGUUUACAAAAACUUAAUAAUAUGCCCCUUGAAGCACCAAUAACUAAAGUCUUGACUCUAUUGACAAAUGCUAUGAAUGAAAUUGCUCCAACAAAUUCAGAGCUUGCAAUGCAAAUUGAUAAGGCAAUUGAAACAUUAAAAACGACUGAACUUUAUCGGCCUUAUUUGAAGGAAGAUACAAAAAUUUAUAACGAUCCAAUAUCAUCAGAUUUACUUGGUGCUUUGUUAUCAAACAAUAGCCAUUAUAUACGUGAUUCAAGACGUUCAUCAAAUGAUUCAACACGUAGUACACAUGCAAGAAUAUGUCUACCAAUGAGUAUGCGAAUUCAAUUAAAAAAUCCACAAAUUCCAAAAGAAAUUGAAGAAUUACUUGACCACAAUCUUGAUUGGGAUUUUGAUAUAUUUAGCCUUGAAGUUUUAACAGAUAGAAAACCACUGGUAUACUUGGGCAUGAAUUUAAUGUGUCGAUUUAAUGUACCAGCACGUUUAAAUUGUGAUGAAAAAACAUUACUAAAUUGGUUAACUGUGAUAGAGUAUAAUUAUCAUUUAGAAAAUAGUUAUCAUAAUUCAACACAUGCUGCUGAUGUUUUACAAGCAACAGCAAGAUUUAUGCAAUCAGAUAGAUUACAAAUGAUACUUGAACCAAUGGAUGAAGUUGCUGUAUUAAUUGCUGCUGGUGCUCAUGAUAUUGAUCAUCCUGGUAGAUCAAGUCAAUUUUUAUCAAAUUCUGAUAAUAAACUUGCUGUAUUGUACAAUGAUUUAUCAGUUUUAGAAUCACAUCAUGCUGCACUUACAUUUAAAUUAACUCUUGCUGAUGAAAAUGUCAAUAUUUUCAAGAAUUUAGAUCGUGAAACGUAUAAACUUGUCAGACAAAAUGUCGUUGACAUGAUUUUGGCAACUGAAAUGACUAAACAUUUCGAACAUUUGGCUAAAUUUGUAAAUGUUUGUAGUAGUCGAUGUGGUGAUGAGUUUUAUCCAGAGGGACCAGAUAUGGCAACUUUGCUAUUACCUGAAAAUGUAAAACUUGUUAAAAUAAUGAUGAUUAAAUGUGCUGAUGUAUCAAAUCCAACAAGACCACUUAGAUGUUGUAUUGAAUGGGCAAAAAGAAUUGCCGAAGAGUAUUUUAACCAGACUGAUGAAGAAAAAAAAAGUAGAAUGCCAGUUGUGAUGCCAAUGUUUGAUAGAAACACAUGCUCCAUUCCCAAGUCUCAAAUUGGAUUUGUUGAUUUCAUAAUAAAUGAUAUGAUCGAAGCAUGGGACGCUUUUAUAGAUAUGCCUGAGAUGAUAUCAUACAUGAGACAAAAUUACGACAAAUGGAAAGAAUAUCAUGAAAAAGGUAUUUCAACUUUGAGCGACAUUGAACGACUUCAAACAUCAUCAGAAUUAAAAAUUCCCAAUUUAAUUAAUUCACGGUGAUAAUUUAUUUUUACAUAUUUCAUAUUAUAAUAUAACUGUUUAUUAAAUUUAACUAUGAUAUAAUAAAUAUUUAAUAAAAAAUAAUAAAUUUUUCUUGUAAAUUAUUAAUAGAAAUAUGAGCAUUAUUAUUUAAUUUCUUUUUUAGUUUAAAUAUUAUUAGCCAAUUCGUCGAGCAGGGAAGAGAAAAAGGAUUAAAUAAUUACAAAUAAUAAUUAAUAUUUUAUUUAAUUAGCAUUUUUAUUGUUUCUGAUUAAAUUUGUCUGAUUUCUAUUACAAAUUGAUUGGAUAUUAUUACAGGUUUAAACGUGAAAUUACAUUCACAUUGAUGUCCAAUACCCAUCGAUACAUAUCAAUUGAUUAAUACCAUACAAAUCAAUAUUACAAAUUUUAUAUUUUUAUAAAAAGUUUCAUCAGUUGUCGCAUACUUAUUGAUUUUUAUUUUCAGUGAUCAUAUAACAUUGCUUCGUUUAUUUACUUUUUUUUCAGAAUUAUUAUUUGAUGACAACUAUAUUUUAUCAAUCUUAUUAAAUAAUAUUUUUCCAUUCCUGAGAAAGAUUAUAAUAAAAACACUUUUACCAAGUUACAAAGGAUGACAUAUUUGACAGAGAUAAAUUACAUUUAAAUACAAUGUAAUUUAAUAUAUUAAGAGUAUAAUAAUUAUAAGUAUUAGAUGUCACAUUUAUCAUAACGACAAAUGUAAUUAUUAGUUUUUAUAAAUAAGUAAGUUCAAUAGUCGUUUUAUCCAGUUCAUUUGCAAGGUCGUCACGAUAAUCAAUUUUUUUUUUUUUCUAAUUGAUUUAUCGUAUUUUAAUUGUACUCGUCAUAAUUACAUUAAACAUUUCGAGUAAUUUUUUUUUUAUUUUUCUUCAUUUUACUUUUUUUUUUACGCAUAUUCUUUUUAAUUUUUUUUUGAUGAUUUUAUUUUCUUAUUAAAGAGAUGUUUAGUUUCUUUAAAUAAUACCUUAAUUACCAUGUAUAUUUUAAUGCAAAAUUAGUACGUCAAGAUGUAAACUUUUUUUUUUAAUUAUUAUUGCUAUAAAUAUUCUUAAAAUGAUUUCGUUUAUUCCAGAUAUUAACCGACGAUUCAUCUAUCAAUAAUAACUGAUAUUAAAAAUUGAAUUUAAAAA